GCCGGAUCCGGUUAGGCGCGGGGUGGAAUGCGGACCGCUUGCUGAAAGGAGACUAGUGGCACGGCACUGCCUCGCUCUUCUUAUCUCUCCGGUCCCGGUCGGAUCGGCGUCAUUGCAACUACCUAGUAGUUCCCUGAAACAACUCAUUUGCUGGUUCAACGCCGCUGUUACAGAUCAUGAGUGGCUUCAAGGGGGUCAUGAAAGAGGGCUGGCACCCUAAGGGUAAGGACGGAAAGAAGGAAAGUUGGAGGAAUGACUUCAAAGGCAUAAACCAAGUGGCAGGAUGGAUGGGGAAGGGGAAGGACAACACUAACGAUCGUGAGGAGCAUGUUGCGGUGCCUCUUUCUUCGCUCAAGGACCCAGCAUCUUUUGGACCACCGCCGAAGCAUAUCAAAUAUCAUGGCGCUGCCGCUCUGCCGAAUGAGACAACGCCGGAUCGGAGAGGACUAGGUGCUCCGUUGCCACAAGGACAGAUCGAUCAUCAAAAUGCUCAAUUGCAACAGCAGCAACAACAAAUGCAAUUACAGGAGGAGGCUGCUCAAAAGCCAGCACCCCCACCGCUGCCAUAUCGUGCGAAUCGGACGGGUCUGGACACUUCCAACCUUCCGCCGCCCCCAGUCAGACGCAUGGGUUCUCCAGCAGAUCCCAUACCACCCCCCAGUUCCAGACCCAAACCCAAUCUUCCGCCGCGACUUCCGUCUCGCAACAAUUCGACCCCAUCCCCGCAUCCGCCUACCCCACCCCCAGCUUAUUCCCCCAAUUCGCAGACACCCUCGCAUGCCGAAGAAUACAUAAACCAAGGCGCUACUUCCCGCCUUGCCCAAGCUGGUGUGUCAGUACCUGCACUUGGAAUAGGUAAUAAUGCCGGUCAGUGGGGAAGAGAUAGCAGUCCUCCUAGUACUGCGUCUCCAGCAGUUGCAGGCGCCAUCGGUCAAGCACCGGUGAACGAAUUGCAAACCCGAUUUUCACAAUUGAGGACCUCCUCGUCGAACUCUCCUGCUCCUCCGCCGCCGCCAGCGCGAACAUAUACGAAUGGCAGUACGGCCCAGUCUGUAUCAACACCUGAGCCCAGAAGUGGUUCCUCUACAGUCAGUGAUUUUCGGGAGCGGCAUAAUGACAAGAUCCAAGCGGGAAAACAGAAGCUGAAUGGGCUAAAUGAGAAGUACGGGAUUUCUCAAAGAGUCAACAAGUUUUUCGACGACCAGAAGACUCCAAGCACUCCAGCACCUCCGGUGCCACCUCACCCGAAUGCAAAUAGUUCGACAUCCAGUCUUGACACGGAUACGUUGAGUAAACGAAAGGCUCCACCGCCGCCUCCUCCCCCGAAGAAGGCGGGAAUGCGUUCAACGCCUGUCGCCGGGUCAGCCCCGACGCCACCGCCCCUUCCCUUGAACACCAAACCCCGUUGAGCGGAGGUCUAGACUGAUGUGUGUCACGAGUCCGCUUGGCUCAUUGAUGGGCCAUGUAUCAUUAGUAUAUAUAUCAUUGCAUAGCCAUGUCGCACUGUACACUGUUUCUUCACACCAUAGAUAACGACGGAAGGCUAGAUGUCGGCUUAGCAGGCCAGCCACUAUUAUUCCCGCAUUCAGCAUGCACUUUGAUCUCUACGUAGCCAGUAUAGGUAUGGUAGCAGAGCACAAAGUGCGGACGGAGGCUUGCAAGGUCUCACCAUUGUUGAGGUCAAACGCAUGAUCGCGGCAGUAUAGAAAUUUAGCAUGAAUACCACAAUCAUCAUGUCAC